AUGGCUAGUAAUAAACGGCACAUUAAGAAAGGGACGAAUUGGGUCAUGAAGCAUGCCUUACGUGAACUAGCCAUAAAACGCUGUAUUGAGGCCGUAUACACAGGGGGUGUUGUCGAAUGGAGUGCAGAUGGCAACACAUUGUACUCCACAUGCUCGAAUGUUGUCAAAGUGAUCAAUCUAGACAAAGAUCUUUCAAGCUACACUAUUGGCGAUCCUGACGAAAGUCUUCGCAUAACUUGCAUAUGUCUAGAUAAAAGUCGCUCCAGGCUUAUCGUUGCGUAUAAUAAUCAAGUCAUCCGAGAGUUCACGGUCUCUGAUGAAACACCUGCACUUGCUCGUACUUGGAAGACUAUGCACACUGCUCCUAUUCUGUGUAUGAAAAUGAACAGUGAUGGCACGUUGUUAGCGACAGGCUCGGCAGAUCAUACCGUAAAGGUAUGGGACAUGGUUCUUACAGCACUGCACCCACACAUUGAAGGGUGUUGGCGUAGUUUCAGCGCUAUCGUUUAUUCACAGCAGCCGUUUAUUGGUUGGAUAUCUAGAGGGACAAGUUUGCAUGUUUGA